GAGCUACCAUUACUUAAAGGACCUGUGAAGAAGAACAUCACGCAGAGACAGCUUAUCCUGAAGAGUGACGGAUGAUGAACUCCAAGUGUCAACGUGUGGAACUGAAUGAUGGGCACUUCAUUCCCGUGCUGGGCUUUGGUACUGCUGUGCCUUUAGAGGUUCCCAGGAGUAAGAUUAAGGAGCUCACCAAAAUAGCCAUAGAUGCUGGCUUCCGUCAUUUUGAUUCUGCUUCUGUUUAUAAAACUGAAGAUUAUGUGGGAGAGGUCAUACGAAGCAAGAUUGCUGAUGGCACUGUGAAGAGAGAAGAUAUAUUUUACACUACAAAGGUCUGGUGUAAUUGCCUUCACCCAGAAUUAGUGAGGUCUUCCUUGGAGCAAUCACUGAAGAAAGUUCAGCUGGAUUAUGUGGACCUGUAUCUCAUGCAUUUCCCAAUAGCCCUGAAACCAGGAGAAGAUGAGUUCCCAGUAGAUGAACAUGGAAAACUAAUAUUUGACAUAGUGGAUCUCUGUGCAACCUGGGAAGCCAUGGAGAGGUGUAAGGAGGCAGGACUGACAAAGUCCAUUGGGGUGUCCAACUUUAACCGCAGGCAGCUGGAGACAAUCCUGAACAAGCCAGGGCUCAAGUACAAGCCUGUGUGCAAUCAGGUAGAAUGUCACCUUUAUCUCAACCAAAUGAAACUUCUGGAUUUCUGCAAGUCAAAUGACAUUGUACUGGUUGCCUAUGGUGUCCUGGGAACACAACGAUAUACAGGAUGGGUGGACCCAAAUGUCCCUAUUCUCCUGGAUGAACCAGUUCUUUGUUCCAUGGCAAAAAAAUACAAUCAAACUCCAGCCUUGAUUGCUCUUCGCUACCAGUUGCAGCGUGGGAUUGUGGCCCUCAACAGCACUCUCAAUGAAAAGCGGGUCAAAGAGAACAUAAAGGUUUUUGAAUUCCAGUUGAGUACAGAAGAUAUGAAAGUCCUUGAUGGACUGAACAGAAAUUUGCGAUACAUAAAUGUAUCACAAUUUGCUGGCCACUCUAAUUAUCCAUUUUCUGAUGAAUACUAA